AUGGGUUGUUAAGCUGCUGAAGUUGUCGUCUUCUAGAUUAUUAGGGUUUUUAUUCUGUUGCAGAGACAGUGGUUGAGAAUCACUGCUCAAAAGAAGAAGAAUAAUAGUACCAAAUUCCAACCAGAUAAGGAGUGUGGAAUUUCGAAGUUUCACUUCUUUCUUUUACUACUACUUGAUACCCUUUUCCUUUCUCUCUCUUCUCUUAUUCUCGUUGUUUAGUUACCUACCGUGGAUCAAAGUCAAUACCCUACCUCGCUCCUUUUUUUUUUUUUUUAAUUUGAUUUCUUUUGGGUUUAGCAGCCUCCCCAAAAGGGUUAUUUUAUUUUGUUAUGACAUUCUGUAAUUUCCCCCAAAAAUUGAUUUUUUAGAUCGAUUCGUUGAUGGGUCAUGCUGGGGUGUUGUCAAUCGUUGUAAUGGCUAAUUGAAGUUCUGUGGGUGUUUUGUUGGGAAAAUGGGGGAUCAAGGUGUUAAUGUUGGGAGAGAGGAAGAGGAAGAUGAGUUUUGCAGUUGUUGUGGAGAUGAAGAUGAGGAAGUGUGGAAAGAGACUGAGGAACCUGUUGUGGAAAAAGGUUUGAAGGAUGAGCUUGAUGAAUUUUCAGUGAAAAUGUUCUUUAAGGGGUUGUCAAUGGCAGGGGUCGAAAAUUUAAGUUCUGGGUUUUCAGGGAUUGGAGUGUUCAUGGAAAGGUCUUCAGGUCUACCUGCUAUAAGGGUGCAGAAAAAGCUUGACUUUUAUGCGGAGGAGUCUGUGGUUGACUAUUUGGCACUCUUGGAUGGGUUGCUGGAAGCUGUGCAGAAAAAGAUCCGCAGGGUUUUUGCUUUCACUGAUUCUGAGUUGUUGCAUGAUCAGAUAACAUUUGGGAAAAAAUUGGAGAUGCCUCUUUUGACGGCACUGCGAGAAAGGAUUCUUGAACUUGCCAAUAAUUUUGAAGAUUUUGUUUUAAAGCUUAUACCUUCUAGUGAUCUUGAGCAGCCACUGCAUUUGGCCAAAGUAGCUAUUGGACUUGUUACUUUCCCUGUAAAUGAUGAGAGAUUGCUUAAGAACUGUUCUAUUUGCUGUGAUGACAAGCCAGUGCCAAUUAUGAUUACCUUAAAAUGUUCUCACACAUUCUGUUCACAUUGCUUGAGGGCCUAUGCUGAUGGUAAAGUACAAUCUUGUCAAGUCCCUAUAAGAUGCCCUCAACCAGGAUGCAAGUAUUGCACAUCUGUAACUGAGUGCAGGUCUUUUCUUCCAUUCACCUCCUUUGAAUCUCUGGAGAAAUCCCUUUCUGAAGCAAAUAUUGGCUGUUCAGAUAGAAUUUAUUGUCCAUUUCCAAAUUGCUCUGUUCUCCUUGAUCCUCAUGAAUGUUCAUCAGCAAGGGACUGUUCAUCUAGUCAGUCUGACAACUCUUGUAUCGAGUGUCCUGUUUGUCGGAGGUUUAUCUGUGUGGAUUGUAAGGUUCCUUGGCAUUCUUCUAUGAGUUGUGUAGAAUACCAGAAUCUGCCAGAGGAGAGGGAUGCUUCUGACAUUACCUUUCACCGUCUUGCUCAGAAUAAAAGGUGGAAGCGUUGUCAGCAGUGUCGUAGAACGAUUGAGCUUACUCAAGGCUGCUACCACAUGACAUGCUGGUGUGGACAUGAGUUUUGCUAUUCAUGUGGUGGGGAGUACCGAGAAGGGCAACAAACAUGCCAGUGUGCAUAUUGGGAUGAAGAUAACUCUGAUGACUCAGUGGCGCACUCUCUUCAAGAAUCAGAACAAUGGGCAUGGGAGACAUUCAAUUCUCUCUCCAUGAUUGUGGAUGCAUACUCGGACCAAGAACGAUCGCAGCUUGCUCUUAUUCAAAGGUUCCUAACUGGGGGUUUCAGUCUCAGUGACCAUAAUCCUUACCAAUCUCCUCCUCGCAGUACAGAGUCCUAUGUAGACCCCAUGAAGGAUCUACAUCAACUUCCAUGGCUAGAGAGGUUUGUGUCUGUGAUAAGUGACAACUACUAUGAGGAUUACAUUCAAUGAAUGAAACUGUGAUAGAUCAUAGACUACCUAAUAAGUUCAUCAACUUUCAAUCUCAACUAAGUUUUGAAAGGAUGCAGGAAGAGUUUGUGACUAUGUCCACUUUACAUCAAGAGGUGUAGCAACAUUUACAUCAUGGAAUUUCUUGUUUGUUCCCCGUUUGGAUAUCUUUAACCUCAGGUGAAGAAUCUGUUUCAUGAUGAUUCUCUUUAUGGAAAGAAAAAGAAAAGAAAAAAGGGGGGGGGGGGGGGGGGGAGGAAUUUGGGAGUGAAAACAUUUACUUGUGGUUGACUGGUUGGAAAGAAUACAAUGAUAGGUGACAGAAUUCUGGAUUUUUAAUUUUGGUCCCA